AUGCAACAAAGUAGAGUUGAAAGCCACCUAUUGCAUCCAAAGGAUGGACCUGUUGUCAGUGUUGCUACAGUUUACGCAGAAGACAAAUGCAUCAAAGCGAACCACUUGAGCGCUGCUGAUAAAGUAAAUUAUGUAGAAAAUUAUGAUGAACUGUCAACAGUGGCGAGGUGUCGAAAAGUGUCACUUUAUCAAUGCCACUGGCCAACUAUGAAAUACUGGCGCCGGAAACUUGUUUAUGGCGUGUCGAAUCAUUAUAAUCUCUUAACAGCACUUCCAUCCUUUACAUCAACUCCAUCAACGACAAAGCUGUCAAUGAAGCAUUUGCCAGUUUUGGUUUGUGGUAAACGUAUCAGUGCGUUGUCAAUACUCAUGACAGUUUUUAUUGCAUUUGCGCUAAUUGCUCGGAGUGUGGAAGAUUUUGUUAAAUUGUUGGAUGAUGGGGGAUCCAACGAGAACAAUCCGUUCACACGGCUAAAUGAUCGUGAAAUAUUUUAUAUAUGCACAACAACUGAUUUUGGACAAACUUCACGUAUUUCAUCACUGAGCGCACUGCGGCCACGAUUAAAAUCGUUGUACCAGCGUUUCACAAUGACAAAGGAUGGUCAUUUGGCUUUAUCCCCAAAUGUAGAAGUAUCGCCAAAUGUAGACAUAAACUCUGGAACUUGUUGGGAGACUUCAUUUAAACAUUUUAAAUGUGAUAAAAUUUUCGCUAUGAACAUUAGCAAAGCCGAGUGUUGUGGUUAUAGUCAGGAAUUUUCGUAUACCGAUCGCGAACUCACUGGUGUGGAAUUUUUCUUUGCAACCACAAUUGGUGAAGGAGCUGAAUGUGCACCUUGCAUGGAGACCUGCAAGGCCAUAAAAUGUGGAGAAAAUAAGAAAUGCGUCAAACGCAAAGGCCGUCCAAAAUGUAUUUGUGCACCCGAGUGUGGUCAAUCGGCUUGCCGUAGAAAUCGAUUCAGAGCACAACGAAAGCACAAUAUUUAUAAUGAACCUUUCCACAUUGGCUACGAUAAGCGAAGAAUCUCAGCCGUAACUAUAAUUGUUGGAGCACCACGUGCCCAAUCAACGCUUGAGUCUCAGCGAAAUAUAAACGAAACUGGUGCCAUCUAUCGGUGUUCACUAACAACUACAACUUGUAGCCCCUAUGUAUUUGAAAGCGAUGGUAAUCGUAAGGUACCAUUUAAUGGUUAUACAGAUGAUUCUGAAAAACGUGAUUUUCAAUGGUUGGGCGCGUCAAUGGAUGGUGGUGCCAAAGAUACCGAUAAGUUGUUAGUAUGCGCUCCAAGAUUUGUAGCACCAACCUCAGACGAUUAUCUUAUGCAUGGUGUAUGCUAUUGGAUAAAUGAUACAAUUAGUCAAAAUCCAACAAAUGUUCAAAAGAUUUCACCUUUACGUUUACGCACUGAUCAGAUUAGAACAACGGACGAGGGAAAACGCUAUUAUUUUUAUUAUUUAGCCGAACAGGGCUUAAGUGCACAUAUUACCGAAAAUAAUGAAGAAAUAUUAAUUGGUGCACCAGGAAUACAUAAUUGGAAAGGUUCUGUUAUACGUUAUCGUAAACAUGAUGCAACUGAGGAUCCAUCAUUAAGUCGACGUGAUACAACAGGUAAACGUGUACCACGUCAAGCAGAUAUUACAUAUUUAAGCGAUAUACCCAAUCCAGAAAAGUGGGAACAAGACAAUGAUUCCUACUUUGGUUACUCAGUGAGUUCAGGUCAUUUUGAUAGUUCUAAUCCAACGAAAGUGACUUAUGUAGCAAGUGCACCACAAGCAAAAAGUCAAACUGGCGAGGCUUAUAUAUUUGACUUCACCGGUAAUACAAUAACAAAAAAUUUCGUCUUUUUUGGUGAACAAUUUGGUGAAUAUUAUGGUUAUGCCGUUUUGGCGGAGGAUUUAAAUGGUGAUGGACUCACUGAUGUUAUUGUUUCUGCACCACAGCACCGCAAAUCUGGUUCUUUCGAUGAUGGCGCUAUAUAUGUCUAUAUAAAUAAAGCAAAUUUCAGUUUUGAGAAAAAAUUGUUGACUUCACCAGUCAGUGGCCAAGCACGCUUUGGCACUGCUCUUACGAAAUUGGGAGACAUUAAUGGCGAUGGUUUCAAUGAUAUAGCUGUAGGAGCACCAUUUGCUGGUAAUGGACAAGUUUUCAUUUAUUUGGGUAGCGAGAAAGGUUUGCGUGAACAUCCCAGUCAACACUUGAAGUCACCGACAAGUGUUAGUAGUAAAUAUGGCGCCCACAUGUUCGGUCAUGGACUUUCAAAAGGUUCCGAUAUAGACAAUAAUGGCUUCAAUGAUUUUGCAAUUGGUGCUCCAAAUGCUGAAUCCAUUUUUGUUUAUCGUGCAUAUCCUGUGGUAAAAGUCAUUACCACUAUUAACUCAGAUACCCGUGAAAUUAAACCAGAUCAGAAAAGCUUUAAACUUAAAUGCUGCUAUAAAAUAUCGACUAAAUCAACGAAAGUUAAAAAUCAAGAUUUAACUUUAAAGGUAGUGGUAGAUCCACAAGUAAAACGUGUAAAAAUCGCACAAACACAAGCAAAUGAAAUGAGUUUUAAUGUGAGUGCUGGCCUACAAACGAAGUGUAGCUUACUGGACGCCGAUAUUGUUAGUUACAAUGUAGCAGAUAUCUUCAAGCCAAUCGAAUUGGAGAUUCAUUAUGAUAUUAUAAAAGGAGUGCCAAUGUCAGAAGUUUUUUGUGAAGAUUGCGUUGCUGUUGAUCCACUUGACCCCAAAGUAUUCGUAGAAAAAUUGAUCUUCAGCACGGGUUGCAAAUCGGAUAUUUGCAUAGCAGAUCUUAAAGUGAGAAGUCGCAUUGGUGCAGAUCACUCAUAUAUAUUAGGCAGCAGUCGCACUUUAUCUAUUACUUAUGAUAUAAACAACAUGGGUGAGACUGCAUAUCUACCACAAAUCAAUUUGACUUCCUCGAAUCGUAUGCCAUUCGCAAGAAUACCCUCAAAUUGUAGGGUCAAUAAUGAAGCUGUUGUUAUGGUUUGUGAUCUAAAUCGUGGACAACCCAUGGCAAAUGGUAAUUCGGACUCGAUAACAGUUAUCUACGAUGUAAGUGGUAUAUCGGGCAAAACAAUGAUUUUAACUGCUGAAGUGUUUAGUACAGGUGUAGAGCAAACACCAACAGACAAUAUUGUCAGAGAUGUCAUAACAUUGAAGGAGUACACCGAAAUUGAAGCAGUGGGAAUACCUAAAACACCAUAUAUUAAUUUGGAGAAGGUCUUCAAUACUACUGAAAUUGUAAACAGUUAUGAAAUCAAAAGUAAUGGUCCAAGUAGAGUUGGUGCUUUGGAAAUAGUUUUCAAUAUACCCAUAGCAUAUAAAGUACAAGGCUCAAGUGCUACUAUACCUAUAAUUAAUUCCAAUAAUAUUACUAUGCAAGCAGUCUAUGAUUCUCAACUGGUUGGCAUUGAUUAUUAUGAUAAUAAUACGCAGUUACUUAUGAACACUUAUGAAAUCACCAGUAAAACUACAAAAGAGAUUACGAAAGUAUUUGUAGAUAGUAUGAAUGGCAUACAUUAUGAUUCUAGCAAAGUUGGUCAUAUAGACAUGGACUUCGGGCAUAGCUCACAAGGCAAUGAUUUAGAAAAUACUGUAAUGGUUGCAUCAAUGACACGUAAACGACGUGAGCUCGCUACAAAAACUGCAACGAAGGAUCAAUAUGCACGUUUACAACAUGUGAGGGCAUAUGAUUUACUAGGUGAUGAUUUGAAGGAUAGAUGUCCUGUCAAUCGUACAAUUGUUUUCAAUUGUCAGGAUCCAACCACCACAAGUUGUAUACGUGCUGUGAUGCAUGUGUACAAUUAUAAACCCGAUAAGCCUAUUACAAUCACAAUGAAGUAUAAUGUCGAUCUCAAAGAAGUUAAUCAAAUUUUAAUUGAACCAUGGGAUUAUUUUGUUAUACACAUUGGACUGGAUAUUGCAAGAGUGGGAGACAGCGAUGGAAAAUCAAUAUCAGUUGUUAAAAAAAUUGAAUACAAUGUUAUAUCGAAAUAUCAACUUUAUAGCACACCUAUUUGGGUGAUAAUCUUGGCAGUAAUCGGUGGAUUGCUGUUAUUAGCUCUCAUGACAUAUCUUAUGUAUAGAUAUGGUUUCUUCAAACGAUCCACGAGAGAUGAAAUGGAUAAAUUGGUUAAUCAAAAUCAAGCUGGUGCUGAUGUUGAACCAGAAGCAGAAAAUCUUAACACUGAAAGAAACUAAUGUGGCCGGACCCAUUGGCAAGACUUUUCUGUUUUGCUGCUGUGUGUGUCUUUAUUCUGUAAAUAAUUUCUGACGCGCUGUUAACUGCAUCCAAGGGACUUGCAGUAUUAAAGUUUAAUUUUAAAACAAAACCAUCACAAACUUUUAAAGUUGAUGUAUUUUAAGCGAGUAUUUAUAAUUUUUUAUUUUAUUUUAUUUUAUUUUAAUUUUUAGAAGUAUUUUAAAGUGUUUUUAGUCUUAUUUAAGCAAUGAUGAUACCAAAUGUAACUACUUUGCAGUUAAGUUGUUCUCUAUAUCUAUUAUUUAUUUUUGAAUAGUCUUCGAUUUCCAUUAAAUGUGUUAAUUAAAAAAAUAGUUUUAAGCAA